ACGCAACGAAAAACACGCGCGCAAAUAUUUUACAGUUCGGUGUCGUUUCGAAAUCCAUACAGCUGGCCGGGUAAAUACUGUCGUGGGAAAGACGUAAAUGAGCUUCAAAAAAAUACCUCAAAUAUUAACACACUGUGAUCACAUGGCGUAUAGAACCUUCCUAACUACAACAGGGAGAAACAAGUGAACCGAAAUGGGCGUCUUCGAAGACAAGCUAACAAUCGUUUUACGGUUCACGACAACCUUGUGUCAACCAUGACACGUACAACUUUAUGGGAGUGCAGUUCUUCAUACGACUCUCCGUGGCUGUAGACAGUUUUCACUGCCACAGUUGCCUUAGCUAAGUUGGCAGUCAUGAUUUUCAAAUUCGGAGGGACGACGAUUCGCCUGUUCAGCACCAAACUGUUUAUUUUGAUUACUUUAGGAGUUUGUGCCAUUUUUGCGGUGCUUGCGCUCCACGAGAUGAUUACAGCCAACCCACUUAACUACACACCGCCAAACAGAGAUGUUGGUUCCAAUUUACACAAUUUGAACAUAUUACCGACCACACUUCGCCAUGAAAAUACCUUCAAAACUUCCAGUAUUGACGGAAGUAUUAGAAAUACUGCUGCAAAUGAAAAUAUAAACAAAAAUCUUCCUCAAGGGAGGAUUACGGAAACGGUUAACUUUAAACGUCCGACCGUCAAAGUUGAAAAUCACAUUCACAUCGCUUCGCCGGAAAUAGAAAAACUGCGGAAGAUGGUGAAAAUUCUGAACGACAAAGAGUACGUUCGAAAUGCGGAGAAAUUCGGCACGGAUUUUUCUCAGAGUACGAUUGUUAUCAUCGUUCAGGUUCACGAUCGGGUCGAUUAUUUCUCCCAUCUUCUCAAGUCACUGAGUCGUGCCAAAGGAAUCGAACAUGCCCUUCUGAUAAUUAGCAAUGAUUAUUAUUCGGAGGAAAUGAACCAAAAAGUGGAAUCAGUCGACUUUUGUCGGGUAAGUUUUAAAAAUUGUUACAAGCGUAUCAAAUAUCCUUCACUUUCUAUUUAUGUUAUGAUGGGCGAUGCAUGUAUAAGCUCAAGUAAAUUCUGAUGCGAAAUGAGCCACUUGAAACAAAUAUGAUGUUGUUUUCCUUGUCCUGGUGACAAAUUUAACGAAAUUCCCCUCUUUGCAUUUGUUCCAAAUAGGCGAUUAGAAUUGGCCAAGUUUCUUGACAAAAGAUUUGUACUAGAUAUGUUAGUGGAGUCUCAAAUUGAUAUAUUUCAUAGAUCAUAUCAAAAUUUAUAAAAACAUCUUCGAUUUUCUUUGAUAAAGCAUUCUAAUUUGGAUUCUUGCUGUUUACUUAAUAUAUAUUUUACUUAAAUUUUCUGGUUACGAAAAAAAAUAAACAUAGCUGUUUUACUGAGAACUCUAUGUGUGUGUAUGCAAAGCAAUAAUAUUUCAUCCAAUCACCAUUUUGAAUAAUUUAGUAAUAGUAACAAUUUUCAAUUAUGAGUGUUGAUUUGUAAAUUUUGUAUGAAGUUAGUUAAAGACAGCUGGGUAUUAAACUUUUGCAUCUAAGUCUGCAUUCCAAGUCUGCCCAAUUGAACUCCAUGGUUACAGUCAAGGUUAACAUAUUUACAGUGGAACCUAGAUAUAAUGGAAGGCCAAGGGACUGGCACAAUUUGUUUGCUAUAACGAGUUUUAGUUAGGUAUAUUGAGGUUCUUUUUCAUUUUAUUUUACUAUUACUGGGUUAAAGAAAAUUGUUUGUUAUACCGAGGACUUUGUUUUGUAGAGGUUCAUUAUAAUAUUGAAGUUCCACGGGGUGUAGACUUUGUGAAUUAACUCUACAUGUAGGCUACAGGUACCCUUGGUGUAAAUGUUUUGAAUUCAUACAGUACAUUACCAUACACAGAAGAAAUGGAAAAUGAAAUUUGAACCUAGGUUAUAAAAGUAGAUCCCGUAGUUUUGUGAUAAAAGCGCACACAUUUAAGAAAAGAUCGUCCGGGCGAGUGAUGAGGGUGUCAAUUGGGUAUAGCUGUAGUCAGUAAACAGCUAAAAAUAUGCUACUUAGUCAGUAAACAGCUAAAAAAAAAGCACUAGUUAGUCCGUCAGCAGCAAAAAGACGUUUAGUCAGUUAGUUGACAUGGUUGUAAGUCCCACUGACGUCAAAAUCGUUUAUAGGGUGGUGUUUCCAAGUCAAUCACUUCCUUAAGACUACCAAGUGCUCUCCCACUUUUCCAGUACUGGUUUGCAAUAUUCUUUAACACUUUGUCUAAUCAGUCUGAAGAUAAUUAUUUCUUACAAAUUCACCCUAACCGACGCCCUGAUUUGUCUUCCAUGGUUGAACCUGGAAGACAGCUCAGUCCUCUUCAACCUCUUUCAGUAAAUAAAAUUCUUGCACAAAAGCGCCCAAGCUGAAUUUCUGUACACAGUCAUUGUGCCAUUUAUCAUAACUAUAACAGAAUUCUCUAAUCCAAUUGGCUACCGGUAGCCCAGAUUUCAACAUUAAUUAGACUUCAUUCAGUCCCAUUAUGCUGGAUUACAGACAGUCACACCAUCUUUGCACGAUCACGCAAGCAAAGAGCAAUGACACUGAGGAAAUAAACCAUUUUACAGUUGUGGGCUUAAUACCCUUGUGAAUGUGAGUGAAUGUAAGGCUGAGGUUGACCUUGUUUAGAUACAAAACCUCCUUUGUUUGUUGUUUUCUUAAUAGAAAUUGUGCUUGAAAAAUACUAGUUAGCAUAAUAACAAUGUGAUUUACACAAAAAAACAGAAAUAGUUGUAUCAAAACAAGGGAGUCAACUCCAGCCUCGUUAACAUCUAAUUUGAAUUAAGACACAACCACAGGCAGUUUGAAUGCAGGCUCGAACAAGUACGGAAUGUCGCAGCAAAGAGUAAGUCGCAUAUAUGUCAACUAACAGAUUAAAGUGUAGGGAAUAUUGACAAAAUACAUUUCCAUCAAUCUAUCUCACCAUGUCGUCUUUUUAUUUUAGAAAGUCUUCAUCUUUUUGUAUCAAGUUCUAACAUUUUGGGUCUCCUUGGCUCCAUAUACGCUUAAAAAAUAACCUGUUUUUAUACGCUUGUCAGCUACUAUUUUGUAAUUUAUACGCUUACGAUAGUGAAAAAAGGCUUUUUUAUGCUAAGCAGUUGACCCUAUUGGCACCCUCAAUGAUGUCCUGAAUAAAGUCACAAUGACACAAACAUUCGUAUACAGCAGCUAGUACACUCAUGCAUGCAUCCAGGUAAUCACAUUGAAUAUUCUUAAUAAGUCAUGAGUCCUAGGUUCAAACUGGUCAUCAACAAAGAAAGAGGAAAUAAAUGAGAAAAAAAUCCUUUGUAAAAUCAGCAAUGUAAUAACUUUGAAUCACAUUCUCUCCACUGUUCCAGAUACACUUCCCUUGACCUAAAUAGCCUGAGAAUAAAACCAGCAUUUAAGGAGGCCACCAGUCCACUGGAUUCCCUUUGAAAUGUUGUUUGAGAAAUGACUAUACAGUGUGCAGUGUGUAGUAAUGUCAUACUGAUGACAUGUUACUACUCAGAUCUGGGUAAACCAUCUGAUUGGUUGAAAAUUUGCCUCAUCAAAUCAGAAGCACUACCCAGAUCUGGGUAGUGAUGCAUCAUCAGUUAUUGUAUGGAAGCUCUGCGAUUGUUCUGUAGACAUCAUUUGGCAGGGAAACAAGAGGUGGCAAUGUGGCUUAUGAGGGUUAAGCUCCCCUUUGUAAUGAGGACAAAUGAAAUUUUCCACAUAAAAUAUUAAUAUUCUUCUUCUUUUAAUUUCUGUUUAGUCUUUAACAAGUUGAGUAAUUAUUGUUUUCCUCAUCUAUUUAAUUAAUUUUUCUUUCACUCUUCAGGUACUCCAGAUUUUUUUCCCUUUCUCGUAUCAGCUUUACCCAAAACAAUUUCCUGGCACUGAUCCUAAUGACUGUCCAAGGGAUAUAACAAAAGACAAGUAAGUAUCUUUACAACUCUUAGGUAGCACAGUCUCUUGAUCAGUUUACAAUUUAUUGUUGAAUUGUAUUAGCUGUUCUAAAGACAUGCUGUGAUGAAAAUUUUAGUGCAUAUUUGUGCUGAAUUGAAAAGAGCUUGAAAAUAGAGAAGUUUGUGCUUGAGUUGUGACAUCACUGUCUAGUUUUCUUGACAAACCUCCUUGAGCAGGGUAAUGAAUUCAUGUCCUCUGAACUAAAAAAAUGGUUUAUACUGAAAAAUAUGCUUUUUUUCUCAUUGUUGUUGCUCAUUCUGUCUUUGUUUAGAGCAAAAGAAAUUGGUUGUAAUAAUGCCGAGACACCAGACAUGUUUGGUCAUUACAGAGAAGCAAAGUAUACCAUGACAAAACAUCAUUGGUGGUGGAAAGUAAGCCAUAAAUCCUUUAGCCCCCAGUAUUUAGUAUUAAGGCCCAAAUAUUCUAUUUAUUAGCUUAAGGUUAUCAUACAUGUACUUUAAUAAUUAUUAUAACAUUGCCCUUGUAGAAAUUCAGUACAUUUAAAGUAUACUUUAUAUAGGUGAUAAACACUUUAAAAAGUAUACUUCAUUUGUACUUAAAGUAUACUUUAAGUAUACUUACCAGAAGUAUACUUUAAGCACACAACUUUUCGACACCUAAAAAGUAUACUUAAAGUAUACUUAAUGAAAGUAUACUUGAAGUAUACUUAAUGGGAAGUAUACUUCAAGUAUACUUAAAAUAUACUUAAAGUAUACUCAAUGCAAUAUGUUAAUCAAUCACUAAGACACGUCAGACUUGGAUCAAUUAUUUUGUAAAAUCAUUUAUUGAUAUAACAAAAAAAAACUACCCCUAACUUAAAGCAAUACAAAUGUACUAAGAAAUUGUAAAAAAAAUAUAUAGCAAAUCUUGUUGAAAUAGGUUUCCACAACAUAAAAAUAUACAUUUUCUACUCCUAUCAAAGGAACUCACUGCAUUUGAUUACCAUAAUAUAUUAUUCUUCUUGAUUUUAGUAAAAUUUUCAUUGACAAUGAGAUCAUUUCAAGGAAGGUGCAUGUAUAUUAACAGGUUUCUUUCUGAACGUUCUUUAACUCACUUGUACUUAAUAAUUAUUGCUUAGAACCAUCACACAAUAUUCUUCUUAAUUUUAGUAAAUGUUUAACAGACAAGAAUGAUUAGAUCUGUACUCUUUGGCUACAAAGUAAAUUGUGCCAUUACGUUAUUAAAGAAAUAUGUUCAGAAAUAUGUCCUAUUACCUAUUACGUACAAAAACUGGAACGAAAUGCGAUCUAAGGAAAACAAGACUUGGGUUUUAUAUUUUGAAUUUACACUGCACUUUAGGCAAAGUAAACAAGCUUUCACUUUGUAAACCUUAAGGCUUAACUCGUGUGUCAUUUGCAAAUGGCUCGCAAAGAAGAAUCGAUAUAUCUUGAAACGACUGGAACCGAUACAUUUUCUACCCCAAAACUUACUUGUAUCGUCAAAAUUCAGUCAUGGUGUACUUCUUUUGUUUUCUUUUCAAGUUCCACUCAUAUUGUACUCGAAUUGUGAAGAUAAAUUAAAGGCAAUAUUCCAAGCGUAUAAAUAUCUUGAAGACACUCUCGGCAAAGCUCAACGAACGUUCCUUCGAAUCUGUAUCGCCCGCCAAAACCAUAUAUGGAAGUUAGGUAUGCUAUAAAUGAUUCAUACAUGACCGUAUUAGGAAAUCCACAAGAUCCCGUAUAUGUUCCGACGGUACUGGAAGUCAGCGGUAAUUCAACACGUUCAUAUAUGCAUCUCUUUCCUCGAACGUAAAGAUGUCCGACGAUGAGCGAUGGUUUUGCUUCGAGUUCUCGUUCUAUUUCUUAAGGUCCUCGUAAAAAAAGGAGGUUAAACGACCCCGGCCUUAAUUACAUCCAGUAUCUUUUACUGCCAAGUGCAAAAAUUCUACGAAAGACGUUAAAGAAAUGCCCGAAACUGUGCGACUUUGCCAUUUCGCCCAGGGAUCGGCGGAUGAUCUUCUUACGAAGGAAGUCGACUGAACAGCUAAUGUGUACCCUGUGUUUCUAGAAACCUGUUAUAUACUUCACCACUCUGAAGAAAUCUUUACAUGAUCUCAACUGUGUCCUUAAUAGAAGAAAACUGAUUUGAUCUGAACAGUAUUUUUAAGUUAAAUUAUAUAUACUUAAAGCAUACUUUUAGUAUACUUUUGUCUUGUAGUGAUUUCAAGUCCGGACAAACCUUCUUAGAUCCUCAGAUCAGAAUGUUUCUUUCAGUUUCAAAGUAUACUUAAAGUACACUUUUCUUUGCGAAACUAUUUUUCACAAGCACUGAAGUUUGAAAAAGUAUACUUAAAGUAUACUUAAGUUUUUGAAGUAUAAAUGAAGUACAUUUGCCAAAUAUACUUCAUUUAUACUUUUUUUCUGGAAGUACAAACGAGGUAUACUUCAAAUGUACUUUUUUUCUGAGAAGUACAUAUAAAGUAUACUUGAAGUAUACUUAAAGUAUACUUAAUUUCUACAAGGGUGACCACCACCUUGUUAGUUCAAUUAUUGGGAGAGUGCCAGUUUGUUGAAUGGGAGGUUGCAGGGUCAAACCCCAGCAAGACCAACACUUUGGGUCUUCAUAUAAGUAUAACUAAGAAGAAAAUGCUGCCUUUGUAAUGAAAUCUGCAAAUGGUUAGGCUUGUAGUCUUCUCUGAUAAGGACGAAAAGCUGUAGGUCCCAUCUCACCGUAUCUUAACUAAAAUCUGGUUCUUGCUGGAUGUAAAAGAACUCACACUACUGUUGAAAAUAGUCGUACCCCAGUGGUGUGGCCAACCUUUUCUGAGCUGGUUGUGUUAUCUGUAAGGAGAGAUUUUAUUGUACAGCUGUAGUGCUAACCUCAUGAUCCUCCUUCAGGCAUUGUAAUGGCUAGCUGUAAACAGUGUACUAAACUGAAAUGAUGCAGAUGAAUAGGGAAACGACAAACUUCUUACUGGUGAACACCUAACAUUUCCUCUUCACCUUCUCGAAGCUUGUGAUAAUAAUUUUUGUAGCUUUUUGCUCUUCAAUUUUUAACUUGUGUUUCAAGUUAAUGUCCUUGCAGCUAUUGUAAACCAGAAAAAUACAACAUGUCAGAGUGGCAUGCCUAUUUCUUGCGCAUACAUUUUUGUUGAGGGGGGGGUGGCUGUACAUCAUAAAAUUACUACAUUAGAAUACACUGUAUACAGUGUGGAACAUUGCCAAAGAGGACCUCAAAUGAGAGGGUGUCUGACCAAAUAUUUUCACUCUGAUUUCCAGUUUUCAGCAAAGGCUUAAUUUUUUCAUGCGGCACAUGGUCUACUGAGCACAUGGAUCAGCAAGUUCUUGACCAAAAUUAUGUUGCUGCUGUUUCACUGAUAUUUACCACUGAUUAAGGUUGUUUCCUUUUACAGGUUAACAAAGUAUUUGACCAGUUAAAUGUAACAAAGUCAUAUGUGGGACCAGUAUUGUUCCUUGAAGAAGACUAUUAUGUUAGUCCAGACUUCUACCAUAUGUUAAACUUGCUGUAUGGCAACAAAAUGAAGUAAGUAGCACAAAUUACAGUGAAUGCCCCCCAGUUAACAAUUCUACCUUCUGGAAAGUUAUUAUUAUUAUUAUUAGUUUACAGUAAGUUCCAUUAAUUCCAUUAAUUUUGGUGAUGGUUUUAUUAAUUCUCACCACUUUUUCUUGUGACGAUGUAUAAAUUGUUUGUUGUUGGGUGAAAAUUGAUGUUGGUCACUGUUGGGACCUCCACAGUUAAAUGACUCAUCACAUCUCAAAUUUCACAGUGGGUGUAAAGAUGAUUGUGAUUUCAUUACUCUGGGAACUUACAAAUCUGUAGACAAUUAUGGAGGGGCCGAGAAUGUGGUAAGUGGAAAUACUUUGCUGGAAAUUAAGAUGGUGUAAAUGUAUUAAUAGAUUUAUCGUUUAUUUAAAUCAAUGCUUUAUGGUUAAAUGUGGCUAAAUGUAAUUUAGGCAAAGUUAACCCCAAAACAAUGCUGGUCAGCAGUUUUCUUAGCCAUGCUAGGGGUGGCCUGAUGGUCUAGCAGGGACACCUUGCAACUUGUAUAUGCAGUUGCUUGCUUGCAGUUCUUCGCAGUGUUGUCGCAAUAGCUUUGUUGCUUGGCUGUGUUUUUUCCCAACCCUCCCUCCCUCAUUAGUUCAGGGCCAGGUGAGUAUUGGUUGGUAAGUAUUCCACUGAACUGUUAAGUGUGAUGGUACCUGGUGGACCCACUUGUAGGGUUGCCAUGGAUACCUCCUCCUCAUGCUAGGUCAUUGCCCGGCUCCACCAACUUUGUAGGCACCAACGCCCAAGCUCAUAUGUUGGUGAUGACUUUAAUGCAUCAAUAAAUUUUGACCAGCAGAGAUACAGUGUAUAAUCGAGACUUUAAAGUGAAGAGAAAUAACACUUAAAUUUAAGAGCUCUUAGCAUUAGUCAAACAUGACUUGUUAGAUCAGCCCAUUCCUAAAAAAAGUUCCGAUAAAUAACGAAGAAAGAUGGUUAAUUUUCACUAAAUGCAGUAUGCUGCUAUUAAUCAGACCUGUGCAGCCAGAUAAGCAUUAUGUUCCUGAAAUGACCUUUUUUCACUUUCACUCAAUACGAAACGUUUUUCUUUUCUUUUUUUAACUGAUUUUCAAGCCAUUUGUAGCCAGUUUUGACUUUUGGUAAUCACCUUAAGGGUUGUUGUGAAUGAUUAUCAUCAUCAUAAUCAUCAGCAAUCAUUUAAGGUGCUCUACAUGUAUGUAUAUUACAGGUCAAAAUUAAAUUUGUAUAGGUAAUAGCAUGAUUUGUAGUGAUAUUUGGCAUAAAUACCACGAAUGAUAUUUCAAAAUUGUUAUACGAAAUUUCACGAGCCGUAAGGUCUUAACCUACAAUCGGCGACAAAAUUGUUGAGACAUUGUACUUAAAUAGGGUGACUUCGGAGAACAAAAGAAUCCGCACCCCUCCCCUGUCCCCUCCAUUCAAAGUUGGGGUGUUUGUUGUUUUCUAUAGGUAGCUAGAACAAGGGCCCAACAUUGUACGGGGGGGAUGGGGGAGGAAAGCUAUAUUUCCUCCUUUUGAAGUUCAUAAAGCGUAAAAAAGCCUACUUUUGGGCGAAGUGUCUCAACUCAUUUUGUCACCGAUUGUCUGAAUCGAAAUCUAAGCGCUGUUGUCCUAUUAGCACCGGUUAGGAGACGGUAACAAGUUGAGAUUACUAUAUUCACCGGGUCGUUUUUCAGAAGAUAGAUAAGAUACGCAUAUAAUCCCUUUCCUGUGUUUUUCGAGGGAAAAUUAGUUUUGACAAUCUUUGUACUCGGUAGUGAUUUCAAGUAAUUACGCAGCAUACCCACGUACCGAAUGAUUGAUUUUCCUCUGGUAACUAAGUGUGAUCGGUAGGAAUCGAUGGCAGAUAAUAUAUUGUAUUUGAAUAAUUAUAUCCCUAGUAAGUUUGAAGUGUUUAUUCGAAGUUUGGCUAUUUGAUAAGGGUGGGAUGGACGUUAAAAUAGCCAUGAUUACUAUGCGCAGGAGAAUUUUCAGGAAAAAUGUUCCAACUUCUAAUGCACAGCAAAGCUGCAUAGCUUCGCUAAAUCUGUGCAGCAAAUUCGUUGCCCAUAUACCCAUGAGGGUCUUUGAAGAAUGUACUUUACAGUAGAAACUAUGAGGUCAGGAGGAGACUGGCCACGAGUAACCACGAGUAACCAACUUUGUUCUUAAAAGAUAAUUAGAUUAUUUUGUUUUUUACUAUGAUCGUGGUUACUCGUGGAAAUUCAUUCUAAAGAGCAAUUUUAGCCAUUAUAACUACUUUAAUACCUAGAAAUCUAUUAAGUUUUCUAUCCUUUUCACUUUGUUCUUUGUUUCGAUGCGUUUCGAUAAAGGAGAGAAUAAGAAAUCGUGCCCGACGCGCCACAUCGCACGAUGUCAAGGCACGGUUAAGCGUGAUACGAAAUGUCACGCGCUGAAAAUAACGAAAUCGCCUUAUUCUAAUUGUUCUAAAAUACGUAUGAUGAAGUCAAACAUAACAAAUAAAAAGCCACCAGGGGUCUUACAUCCCAGCAUAAAAAAAUGAAUUCAAUUAACUUUCUAAAGGACGUACGGCCACUUUUGAGAUUCAGACAAUCGGCGACAAAAUUGUUGAGACAUUGUACUUAAAUAGGGUGACUUCGGAGAACAAAAGAAUCCGCACCCCUCCCCUGUCCCCUCCAUUCAAAGUUGGGGUGUUUGUUGUUUUCUAUAGGUAGCUAGAACAAGGGCCCAACAUUGUACGGGGGGGAUGGGGGAGGAAAGCUAUAUUUCCUCCUUUUGAAGUUCAUAAAACGUAAAAAAGCCUACUUUUGGGCGAAGUGUCUCAACUCAUUUUGUCGCCGAUUGUAGCUUGAUUCUCAAUUUCCUUUGUCUCCUAGCCCUAAUUAUUCAUGAAUUAGGGAUUGGAGACAAGAAAUUGAGAAUCAACCUGGGUUACAAAAUAUCAACCUGAAUAUAAUUUUGACCUCUAACAUGUAUGCCAAAGGGUAUAACAGUUCUUGGGUUAAGUUAAAUAUGGGUAAAGAAAAUAUUGAAAAUAGUUUUACAUGUAGAUGAUGUUUGUUUUAGGCACUUCUUUCUAAUUGGCAUUCACAUGAACAUAACAUGGGACUAGCAUUUGACAGGACCACUUGGGAGAAACUCAAGAAAUGCAGUGAGGUACGCAGACUGGUAAUGCUCUUAAGUAACUCUCUUGUAGGUUAGUAAAAAAAUUAACAACAAAAACAGAAAGUUAAUGAUUUCAUCUAUUAUUAUUAUUAUUAUUUGUAUUUAAAUUUCUUUCUUUCUUUUUUUUUUUAACCCUGUAGACAAAAUAUCUAAUUUGUUGUCAUCAUUUCAAUUAAACAAUCAUACAUGCAGCAAUACUUUCACGACCAUGAACAGGCCAUCUUGUAGAUUUAUUGCUUAUUUGGAAAUCCGGCAAGUGGAAUGAUUGUUGCUUAGUCCCUUGGCCUCAUUAUUGCGCGCGGCCGAUGCGUUUCGGGUCACGUGAUCUGAGGAACGUUCGUCUUGGAUACGUGACGGAAAUGCAUUGACCGAGAAGGCCUGGGAAGACGCCGUACAAGGGCAAGGCGAGAACGAUUGUACAACAUGUAAAAUUCCAAGUAAGAAGAAAGGAAGGAGCAUCAGUCAUAAUGAAAUGAAGAAAAAGUGACCAUUAUAACAGCCGUUUCAAAAGCAGACGUUCCGAAGCGCCUACAUCUGAGCAGCAGGAACUACGCUGCAAAACUUCCCUGAAAUGACAUGUAUUUGAUUCUAGUAAAGUUUGAAAUCCCUGAUUAGAGGAAUUUCAAGGUGAUAAGUUUAUUUUUGACACAAAUUUAUAUGCUUACUUUAUGUACCAGCUUUUCAGGCACAGGGCCGCCUAGAAGGAAUGGUCACGAAGGGGACUCAUAGGUCCCAUGCGAGGUGCCAUCCCUACACAAUCCCACAACCCGUAAAGGUUGGUCACACCACCGGGGUCUACGUCCCCUACUCUUUUCGAACAGUGUUGUGUGUUCUUUUACAUCCCACAAGAACAGAUCAGUGAAUCUUUUUUUUGAGACAGGACCUACGGUUUUUCCGUCCCUAUCCGAGAAGACUAGAAAGUCUAACCGGCAUUAGCAGAUGUCAUUACAAAGGCAGCACUUUCUUCUCAGUUAUUUAAAAAUCCUCAGUGUUGGUCCGGCCCGGGUUUGAACCUGUGACCUUCCGUUCGGCAGAACGGCGCUCUCCCACCUGAGCUAACCAGGGGACAGGUAAAAUUUUUCUUAAUUGUUUCAGGUUUUUUGCAAGAGUUAUGACGAGUACAACUGGGACUGGUCUCUUAUGAAGAUUAGUAUUUCGUGCUUGCCACGGCCUUUAAAGUCACUUGUUCUCAAGGCACCCAGAGUAUUUCAUCUUGGAGAAUGGUAAGUUUUAAAAAUGCAAUUUUUCUUUUCUCCUCCAAGAGAUGGCCAAUCAGUCGUAGAAAAUCAUUGUUUGAAAAUGGGCAAAGUAUGGUCCUUAGUGCAAACGUGUCUGGCAAGCGUGUUCUGUUAGUCCGCGUGGCAGGCAUCAAUGAAGGCUAAGGGAAAGGAUGACUGUUACGGCGUGCGCAAGAGGGAGGAAGGCAGCACCUGCAAGGACCCUACUUUUUGACUUUCUUAUUUCCUUUUUAUUGUCGGGCGUUCUUUACGUUCCCGUGCGCCUUUCUUCAUCCUUUUUCUUCCUCUUCAAAUGCCUGACACGCCCCUGGGGAGAUCUAGCCUGCGCGCGGCCUCACUUGUGCGAGUUCACUUUUCCUCGCGGUGGUGACCAAUAGACCUUAUUCACAAUGCCCGCCAUCUUUGCACGCGUUUAAGGAGUGAUGGGAUAAAAGCGAUGUCACGUGGUUUCUCAAGGGGCAAACAAGUGACAAAUGUUCCCAAUACAAGAAAUCGCAGUUGAGUUUGUUUAUUCUUGCCAACACAAAAUGAACAACUUUUUGUAUUAAAGUUGAUAAUGGCAAAUUAUGGGUGGAGGUGAUCAUUGUUACUUUUUUAAUGCAGUAGUGACCGUAGAUGUCCUCACAGAACGCAAUAAUAACGUUAAUUUUGUCGAAACUCAAAUUCGUUUUGAGAGAAUAUACAAAGUCGACCGCGAUUUCUCGCAUUCCCCCUGAAUGCCACGUGACAUUGCUUUUAUCCCAUCAAUCCUAAAGCGCGUGCAAAGAUGGCAGGUAUCGUGAAUAAGGUCUUUUGUCUCAAAAUCUUUGUCACCGGCGCCGUAGUCAGCAGUGCUCAAACGUGGGGGGUGUUGCCCCCCCGAAAAUUCAGUAGAGCCACAGUGAAUUGCAAGAGCCGCCCCUUACAUUAAUACUUCUGUAACAACUGAAGUUGUUCAAUUCUUUGUCUCUACAGUGGUUUGCAUCACAAGAAAACAGAUUGCAACAUUGAGGCUACGGUGCAGAAAUACCAGUCAAUCAUCGACCGGAACACAGAAAACUUUUAUCCUUCCACCGUAAAUGUCCAACCGGGGAAUACUGGUCGGACCUCAAAGUUCGGUCCUAAUGGGGGGUGGGGUGACACCAGAGAUCACGCUCUUUGUUUUCAGCUGAUGCAAAAUAGAUGAGGUUUCGACUCCUAUCCUAGCUAGCGGUUUUGAAAUUGUUUGUACGUGAACACUAAAAUGUAGUAAAACAAUUUGUUGUGAUAACGCUACAUUCAAUCAUUUUUGCCAGUGAACAGACUGGGUAGUCGUUAAAAAUUCACACCUUUUAAAUGAAACUGAAAGUUUUACUUUUUUUCCAGCCUUAAGCGCUGCCGUUAUUUUUCUAGUCACGCAACGCUUCUCCUCAAGCGAACACCUUUUCUUCGAAAAGAUUCACUGCGUGACGAGACUAAUGUAGCCUGCGUAGCAAGCGUUUCCAAUCGAGUUAUUGCGCGAAAGUUGGAAAGAGGGCAAAAGAAAGGGAAGGAGGAGGGGGCAUUUUAGAUUCUGCCACCAGAGAUCAGAUCAGACCAGAUCUGCGACGCACGUAAACAAAACAUACCUUUUUGAUCGAUGUAUUGAUCGUUAUUUAAUCAACACUACCAGCAUCCCACUAAUCAAUCUCUUACGCUACGCUAAACCGAUUUUGAGAAAAAAAAAACCCCCGACUGUUUUGCAGUCUAUUGCACUGCCUAAAGCUACAGCCCAUAUUCUCUGAAGCGUCCUAAACAGAAUAACGAGAGCCGUCUGAUUUUCCUACCUGAAUUUCCGGUGUCUUCGUGUAAUCGUUCAUUACCCUGUGCCUCAUUUGUGGUUUAGCCUCUGAAGUGGUUUAAAGGGGCCAUGUCACGAGAGAUCAAUUCUGGACUGAAGUCAUUACUUAGGGCCCUUGCCCAAAGCAUAAAGCUCCUGUAAAGUUAUAAAGAAGACAUCGAACCCAAACGAUUUCACCAGCGAGCACUAACAUUUUUUUUUUGGUGAUUUUUGCUGGCAAGGCAUUAACUAGAAAAGGAUAGCUUACCUUUUUCAAGUUUCAAUCCAUGUCCAUCCUUGUCGUUCGUAGGAACAGACAACAGGAAGCAGCUUCAAUGCCCGAAUAUAGCCUUUAAUGAGAUAACCGGACUAUUAUAUUUGCAAUUCAAUUGAUGACACAUUUAAUCUUUUCAGUUGUAUUUAUUGGUUUUCUUUACACUAGGCCGUUAAGUGAGACUUAAGAGCUGCUAAGUUUUACUUCACCAAAGAUACGUGAGUGAAGGCCUAAGUAAAAUCUCAAGUUAUUUUACUUUGCGUCUCAUUAAGGUGGCCGGACACAGUUUCGCGGGCGGUCAGCGGUAACUUGCGUGACGGCGCGUGUGUUAAAUUAAACAGAAAUUAAACAAACAAACAUGGCGGAGAAAAAGCAAUGGUGCACGGAAGACGAUUUCUCAAAAUCUACUCAUUACAAUUUUUUUUUAUAUUUUGCAGAAUUUUUCCUUUUAUCGUAUUUUAAGUAAUGAGAACUUUAAAAAGGAAGUUAAACAGACGAAUUUUGUGUAACAUUUAAUAAUUACAGUUCAAUUAAAUUAUUGAUUAUCUGAAAACCCGUCUGUUAAAAUUUGGUCAAAUAAGUUUCAAAUGCCAAUGAUUAAUUAUAGUAAGCUGUGUGCAAGUUUAAAGGAAAAUCUAAUGAGCGAAUUUUAUGUAAACUGAGAAAAAGUGAAAUUUUAAGGUUGUAUUCAGUCGUUCAUGUUGCCAUGGAAACCAGGAAAUCGUCAGUUUUUACCUGUCAAUCAAAAUCUUUCAUCAGUACAUUUUUCACUUGCCAAUUUUCAGCUUGUAAGCAGCAACCUUUCUCUCGCCAUGAUUUGGCAAAUGACAUAUAAUCACAAACUGCCAAAACUGUGUUUAGCCACCUUAAAGUUGAAACGAUUCAAAAACGGUUUCAAGUGAGCCGAAAACCACUUUGCGAACUUGCAGUUUCUUGAGCUCUGAGAAAGGAGAAGCAUAUCAUUUAAUCUUAAUUAUGCUGCGUGGGAAAAUAGCCUGAAGUAAAAAAAAGAUGGGUUGUGUGUGAAGCUUCCUUUUACUUGAAGAAUUUAAAAUUUACUUGUCUUAAAAUAUUUCUUAGCUUAUUUAGGCUCUAGUGUAAAGACUACCAUUUUUUAUUUGUUUUAAAGAAUAGUCAGGGAUGCCUAGUUCCGAUCAGCGAGGCUGGUUUGGAUGGGGCCCUAGCGAGACAUAGCCCCUUAAAAGAAAUUCAAGUCAAAAGUUGGCCUGCGGUAUUCGACAUAAAAACCUCUUUCAUGGUAUUUUGUGGUUGUUGUUUUGUUUUGUACGUUUGUUUGUUUGCUUGUCUUUUCGUUUUCUCUGAAUUACUUAUCCAUCAGAAGGGAAACAAUUUUUAAUAGAUUAAAUAGAAUGGGUUGUUAGAAGUGUAACGAUCCUAAAAACCGGGCCUAGCUUAUUUAUUUUAUUUUUGUUUUAGAAAUUGUAGGGAAAUAGAUAGAUGGGUAGUAAUUAAGGUCUUUGUAAUAUAAUUUAAUUUGAAGGUCAAAUAAAUUCUGUUUUUGAGCCAUUUUCGGCUUUAAAACAGUAUAUUUUGUAGG